AUGGCACUCGACAUCUUGAGUGCGCCGUCCUCCUCAGUCGACGUUGAGCGAGCAUUCCCAGGAGGGAGAUUGGCUCUUAAUUACCGCCAACAUCGCACAAGUGUAGCUACGUUUCGUGCGGAGGGUGCCACCAAGCCUGAGUCACUGGACCGAAGCGCAUGGAUAGUCUGGGUGGAUACGUUUUAUGAGGACGUUGAUCCUGACAACGACGACGAUGGUCUCACCGAACAGAGGCUGGAACAGUGGCGACCGCUCUGGCAGAAUCCCUUUGCCAAUCCCGAUAUUGGACUUUCUUCUUCUGGGAGUGACUAUAGUCAAUUUCUUGCUGCAAACGCCGGCGACAAUGUUGAAAAGGCAAGUUAA